AUGGCUUCCUCUGAUGGUAGAAUUGCGUACUCUUCGCUUUCUAAGUUAGAAAAGGGGAAACCUCACUUUGGUUAUGAUGAUAUGAAUUGCCAUGGUGAGUCUACAUGGUCUGAGCCUGAGCCUGAGUCUGGCACCACUAGUGGACCAUUAGCCGCAACGUUCACAAACCGGGAGAUAUCUUAUGAUUCGUAUAAGUUUUCUUACGAGGAUGAUGAAUUGUUUGAUGGAGGUUAUGAGUCAAAUGAGGAGGCUCGUCGGGUUAACCAUUCUAGCAUGACUCCUGAUGUGAAUUUGAAGAAUGUGCUUUCUGGGAUUUUUUCUAUUUUGACUGGACGAAACAAGGCUUUAAGUGUGGAUGAAGAUCAGCAAUUACCGAGUUCGAAUGUAUCGUUUCUUGGCUCUGGAAAUGAUGGAGAUGUUUUUCUCGAUUCUUCUGUGUACACGCCGAGUGCACCACCACUUUUUCUGCCAAAUGGGGCUGAAUAUAGUUCCUACAAGGAGGUACUUGAAGCUGAACCACCUGAGUGGCUGCCUGAUAGUUCUACUACUGUUUGUAUGCAGUGUAAUGCUCCGUUUACUGCACUUACACGGGGAAGACAUCAUUGCCGGUUUUGUGGAGGGAUUUUCUGUCGAAUAUGUACAAAGGGACGGUGUUUACUGCCUGUUAAGUUCAGGGAUAGGAAUCCUCAGAGGGUUUGUGAUUCCUGCUAUGAUAGACUUGAUCCUUUACAAGGCGUUCUUAUCAACACCAUAAGCAAUGCUGUGCAGUCAGCUAAGCACGAUGUCAUGGAUUGGACUAGUGCUAGAGGGUGGCUUAAUCUUCCUAUUGGUUUAUCUAUGGAGCAUGAGAUAUAUAAAGCAUCCAAUACUUUGAGAAACUACUGUCAGGUGGCCAAAUCCAAUCCUGAGAAGUCCAUCCCUUUAUCUGUUCUCAAAAGUGCCCAAGGUCUUGCAAUUUUGACGGUUAUCAAAGCUGGUGCACUGGUCUCUUACAAAGUUGGUACUGGUUUGGUUGUUGCACGGAGACAUGACGGAUCAUGGUCUGCACCAUCAGCUAUAUUCUCCUUGGGUUUAGGAUGGGGUGCUCAGAUUGGCGGUGAACUUAUGGAUUUUAUAGUUGUUCUUCAUGAUACGAAAGCUGUGAAGACGUUCUGCAGUCGCAUGCAUUUUUCUCUUGGGGCUGGUUGCAGUGUUGCAGCAGGGCCUAUUGGGAGAGUGGCCGAGGCAGAUCUUCGUGCUGGUGACAGGGGCUCUGGCAUGUGUUACACUUACAGUUGCAGUAAAGGGGCAUUUGUAGGAGUCUCAUUGGAAGGGAAUAUAGUUGCAACCCGGAUGGAUGCCAAUCUACGGUUCUAUGGUGAUCCUUAUCUCACCACAUCUGAUAUUCUACUAGGCCUGGUGGACAGACCAAAGGCUGCUCAACCAUUAUACACCAGUCUUCAAGAUUUAUAUUCCAGUUUACACAACUAG